AUGUAUAUCAUCUUUUCAGAAAUAUUGGUUAAAACGUACAUUCGGAUAACGACAAGACAAGGAUGGGAUCCGAAUUCAAUGCGACUUUCCUUAGAAUACAUUUCUAAGGGCAUGCCUUUUGAAAGAGCUGCUAGGCUUUAUAAUCUGCCCUUGAGUACUUUAAAAAGACGGGCCAAAAAUCAAAAUAAAUUGGUAAGUGUAACAAAAUUGGACUGCUUCAUUUCUAAUCUUUCGAUAUGUAGUUUUAAAAUGUACCUAAGAAGGGAAAGGUCGGCCAAUCAUCGUACUUUUUUUUCAGGCUAA